AUGAACCUAGAGGCUUGUGGUGGAGCAGGCAAGGUGCUGACUGCGAGCUGCCUGCUGUUUGCAGCUGCCGCCAAUGCGGUCAUGGGUGUGACUAUGAUGGACAAAAAGUCAGAGACUGUCCGGGUUGUGGUCAGAUGCCGCCCUCUCUCCUCCAAGGAGGUUGAAAACGAGAAGACAAUGAUCGUAGAGAUCGACGACAAGAUUGGGGAGAUCGCAGUGAACCCUCCCAAGGAGAUCAACGAGCCCCCUAAGAGAUUCACCUUCGACAUGGUGUAUCCUCCCAACACCAAACAGGACUACCUCUUCGAGACGACCGGACUUCCUAUCUGCCAGUCUGUGAUGGACGGCUACAACGGUACAAUCUUCGCCUACGGCCAGACCGGGACAGGAAAGACGCACACCAUGGAGGGAGUGUGGGAGGUCCCAGAGCUCCGAGGGAUCACUCCUCGCUCCUUCUCCUUCAUGUUCGAGCAGAUCGAUGGGAUGCGGAACGUGUCGUUCCUGAUCAGAGCAUCGUACCUCGAGAUCUACAACGAGGAGGUCAGAGACCUGCUUAGCAAAGAUCCCAGCAGGAAGCUGGACCUGAAGGAGGUGUCGUUGGCAGCGGCCGACCUGGAGAAGGGAGUCUACGUCAAGGACCUGACGCAGCACAUUGUUAGGAGCCACAAGGACUGCGAGCAGGUCAUGCUGGCUGGCAAGAGGAAUCGAUCAGUGAGCUCGAUCGGCUUCUCCUGUCAGUUCACUGAGAGCUCGUUGACCCAGAUAGGCGCAACGUUGAUGAACGCGGAGAGCUCUCGGUCCCACUCAGUCUUUACCAUUGUGGUCGAAAGCAGCAAAACUGAUGAUAGAGGAGAGUCCCAUGUCCGCGUUGGGAAACUCAACCUUGUCGAUCUUGCGGGAUCCGAGGUUUCUUGUCCCCUUUCUCGUCCUCGUCCUCGUCCUCGUCCUCGUCCUCGUCCAUCUCGUUUCAGAAUUCCCUUAUAUCGUCAGGGCAAGACAGGGGCGACCGGCGAGAGGCUGAAGGAAGCAACCAAGAUCAACUUGUCGCUGAGUGCUCUUGGAAACGUUAUCAGCGCACUAGUCGAUGCCAAGACAGCUCACAUCCCGUACAGAGACAGCAAGUUAACGAGGCUGCUCCAGGAUUCUCUGGGAGGCAAUACUAGGACUGUGAUGGUUGCAAACAUUGGGCCGGCAGAUUACAAUUAUGACGAGACGCUGUCGACUCUCCGGUGCAUAGAGGAGGAGGAGAAGGAUGAGGAUGGGGAGGAGGAGGAGGAGGUGGUGGUGGAGGGCGAGGAGGAGGAGGAGGAGGAGGAGGAGGAGGAGGAGGAGGAGGAGGAUUCUGAAAAUCAAGUGGGGGAUCGCAGGUAUGCAAACCGAGCAAAGUCUAUCAAGAACAAACCGAAGAUCAACGAGGACCCCAAAGAUGCAAUGCUGCGACAGUUCCAAGAAGAGAUCGAAGCUCUCAAGGCCCAGCUAGCAACUCGAGGAGGGGCUCAUCCCUCCGGCAGCCUCUCAGCCGGAGGCCACCACGAGGACGCGAUUGUCUCCAUGUCAACCGAAGAGCUAGAGGAAACUAAGAGAGAGCUCGAGAAGCAGAAGCUGGCGCUCAAGGAGCAGGAGGCGGUCGACCAGGAAGAGAAGCAACUUGAGCUGAAGAAAAGAGAGCAGGAGAUCACAAGAGAGCAACGAGCCCGCGAACAUCUCGCCAAGCAAAUCGCUGCCAUGCAGGCACAAAUCAUGCAAUCCAACGCGGACGAGGAGAAAGUCCGCGAGCUGGAGGAGAAGGCUCAGGCUGCUCGGGACAUGAUCGAAGAGCAGCUGAAAAAGGUGCUCGCAGCUGCUGACCAGCUCAAGGAACGGGAGCUGAGAGAGCAGCUCAAGAGCAAGGAGGACGAACAGCUGAACAUCGAGGAGGAGUUCACGUCGCUGCAAGAGGAGCUGGUGGCGAAGACGAAGAAGCUAAAGAAGCUCUUCGGCAAGUAUGAGCAGGUCAAGGAGCAAGUCACGGAAGCCAAGGAGAUGAACCAGAGGGAGAGAGAGGAUCUCCUCGACAUCAUCCGCCAGCAGGACAAGGACCUGAAGCUCAUGAUGCUUGUGGUGAACUCGUUCAUUCCCGAGGAGUAUUUGGAGAAGAUACAAGAUGUCGCGGUCUAUGACGAGCAGCAAAGUGUCUGGGAUAUCAGCCACCUCGACGUGUCUGGGCGGCAAGAGGAGCAGAGGAGGAACAAGCAUACGGAAGCGAAACUGAAACCGAGCUCAUCGGACAGCUCUGAUUCAGAGAGUGUGGGAGAAAUGGCAGCUGCCAUGGCUCAGAAGAACAUCUUCUUCUCUUACGGCUCCAAGGCGUCUGAUCGCCCCCAGAGCUCCCGCAAGGUCAGCAAGAGGAGCAAGUGA